GUUUUCAAAAGGAUAGAGUGAAAAUAUUAAUUUCAUUUUUGUGUGAAAAAAAAAGCUAAAAGCUACUUAAAAAAAAUUUUAAAAUUAUAACUUGAUACCUACAAAUCAAGAGACACGCUUGAACUAUUUUACAAAAAAAAAAAAAUCUGCAAAUUGUCAGAAAGUGAUUUAAAAUUAAAUAAUAUUAAAAAAUUUUAGUCAAAAAGUGAGCUUCAUUGUGAACAGCGGAGGUUCUUAAACGAUUGGAAGGAACUUUCGUCCGAGAUAAAGGCACAGCAGCGAAUGCAUUAUACAACAAAUAAAAACGGAAUAUUCAAGAUACAAUUCAGAACGUUCCUUAAAUUUUGCAAACGGAAACACCGGCGCUAAGUUCAAUUGCUAAACAAGCAAACUUAAAUAAAAAUUUAUUGCCGCAAGAGUUUGAUUUAAUUUUGAUUGAUUAAUCAAAUUGCGAUGUAAACUACUCGCCCCACUCAAAGAAAAUACCGAAAUAAAAUCACAAGUGGGACAUAGACAGAGAUUAAAAGUGAAAAAAAAAUAAAAUAUUGAAAAAAUUUUAUCAAAAAGUUUCCCGAUAAGGAAUAAAGAAAAAAAAAAACAUUUUUAAAAAGCUCACAAAAAAAAAGCAUCCAGAAUCGUAAAUAAUAAUGAAGAUGAUUAUGAUUAUCGCAUUUUUAUCAACAAUCUGCUUCAUCUCAUGUGUUGAUGCUGAGACAACGAUGAAAGCACCGCUUGACAUUCACUUGAUUGAUGGAAGUUUUGAUCCAUUGGGCAUAGAAUAUUUCAUAAAGUACGAAGAAAAUGAUGAAGACAAGAUGCAAUGCGAGGAUCAUAAAGCUACUCAAUUUACACCAUAUGACUAUUCAAUUGUAGCUGCUAUGCUGGUUAUCUCACUUGGAAUCGGUGUAUUUUAUGGAUAUUUUGAUAAACCGGCAGAAUCAUCAUCAUCGAGUGACUUUAUGCUUGGCAGUGGAAUGUCAAUCUUUCCAGUAACAUUGAGCUUAACAACAAGCUUCAUCACGGCCAUUGAACUUCUUGGAAACCCUGCAGAAAUGUAUUUUAAUGGAUCUCAGUAUGCUUUAAUCGUCUUUGCUAUGAUUUUAGUCAUUCCUGUGGCACUUAAAGUUUUCUAUCCAAUUUACGACACGAUGAAAUUAACAUCAUGCUAUGAGUAUCUAGGCGUUCGUUUUGGAAAAGAACUGAGAGUUUUUGGUGCCAUCCUUUACAUCUUACAAAUGUGCUUCUACACAUCAGUUUCUGUUUUGGCUCCAGCCAUUACAAUAUCAAAAACAACUGGUCUUGAUACGCGUUUAGCUAUCGUCUUAAUUUAUAUUGUCUGCAUCUUCUACUCGAGUCAAGGCGGCUUAAAGGCUGUUGUUAUUGCUGACACAUUUCAAACGUGUGUACUGUUAGUUUCACUUCUCUUGGUUCUCGUACUCGGAACUUAUAUGCAAGAAGGUGGAAUCGCUGCAAUCUUUAAAAUCAAUUACGAGCACGGAAGAAUGGAUUUCCUUGACUUCGAUACAAAUCCAACGAAACGUCACACAGUCUUUUCCGUCGUAAUUGGUGGAUUCUUCUAUUGGUCAUCAUUACUUUGUGUAAAUCAAGCAACAGUUCAAAAAGCAAUGUCACUAAGAAGUCUUACAAAAGCAAAAAUUGCCUUGGCUCUCUCCGUUUUUGGUUUAGCAUCGCUCUUUUUCAUCAACUUUUACACCGGUUGGAUAAUGUUUGCACAUUAUGAAAAUUGUGAUCCAUUGAAAGCUGGAAUGAUUAGCGGAAUUGAUCAAUUAAUGCCAUUUUAUAUAAUGGAUACAUUUGGACAUUUUACAGCAUUCUCGGGCAUCUUUGUUGCUGGAGUAUUUGCUGCAUCUCUUGGAACUGUUGCAGCAUGUUUGAGUUCACUUUCGGCUGUAACUUUGGAAGAUCUUUGUGUGUCUGGCUUAAAUGUUAAGAUAUCACCACAAGAUGCAACAAGAUAUGCUAAAUGGAUGAAUUUUGGAUAUGGAAUUUUGUCCUUUGCAUUGAUAUUUGUCGUUGAAGGCAGAGGAAUUCUUCAAGCUACAUUAACAUUAAAUGGAUUAAUUGGCGGUAUAGCUUUGGGACUGUUCUCACUAGGAAUAUUCUUCAAACAAGCAAAUCUUAAAGGCGCACUUUACGGUGGACUUUUAUCAACAUUACUAGUUGUUACAUUAGGCAUCUUUGCAUUAGCUUAUGGAGAAGAAACUGAAUUUUUCGAAACGUCUGUCGAUCAAUGUAGCUGCAUUGUUAAUUCUACAUUAUCAGCAGUACCAACAAUAAUUGAAAGUAUUAAUGAUGAUGCAUGGUACACAUCAAUUUAUAAAGUCAGCUACAUGUGGUAUUCAAUGAUUGGAACUUUACUUACUGUAACAUUAGGACUUGCAGCAUCGUUUAUUACCCAAUACUUUAGUGAUAUGAAAAUUCAAGAAAUUGCCGAUCAAAUUCCAAAGAAUAAGUCUGGAAUAUUUAGAAAAACUUCAACAGCUACACAUCCAGAACGUAAAAUUUCAACAAUAGCACAUAAUAUGGUUAUGGAUGCAUCAUCAAGAAUUGAAAGUUCGAUUCGCCGAGCUAUAUCCAAUCCACAUUUACCACACUUGGCACAUAUGAAGAGUGAGGAUAAGCUGAAUAUUGUCAAUGAAGUGUCAAUCCAGUCAACAAGUGAACAGAGUCAAUAUGCAGGCAAUAUUAAUUCAAUUUUUCAAAUGUUUGAUGACGGUAAGCCAUUCCAAUUAGGCAUAGAUAAUGUGGCUGUAGAUUUAAGCUAUGAUGUAAGUGAUUUUAAAAAGUAAAAAAAAAAAUGUGUUUAAAUUGUUUUAAAAAUCAAAAGUAUUAAAAAUUUUAAUAUGUACUGUAAUUAAAUUAUUAGGAUAUCCACAUUUUAUAUUUGGAUGUCAAGUCUAUUGGUUCAUGUUCCUAAAUUUAAUGGUCUAUAGUUUAGAGUUUGGAAGCAAAUCUGUUGUAAAAUUAUGACUUAAAUAAAUUCAAAGCAAUUUUAAAAAUUUUAA